AUGGCCCCCUCCACCUCCGCCUCCACCUCGUUCUCCAAUGCCUGGCUUCCCGGACCGUCCACCACCUCAGCACCUCUCGAGCCAGGGCCGAGCAGACCAUCUGUAAUCCCGGCAGAGUCCUCAGCCUCGAAUACACCGCCAGGCUCGACCGCCUCGCCCCCGCAGUCCGAGAAGAAGCUGCAGGGAUGGAAGCAUUCCGUAGCGGGGAGUAUUGGAGGUAUGACUGGAGCGAUCGUGACUUCGCCGUUCGACGUCAUGAAGACCCGUCUUCAGUCUGACUUGUUCAAAACCGCUCCGAUAUCCCGGAAAGGCAAAGAGCCCCUUCGCAGUGCCGCUCCUGCUGUGGUCCAGCGAACCGGAAUAAGGGGUGCGAUGUACCAGUUCGUAGAUACUGGCGUGCUGAUCAAGCGGAUAGCGACGGAUGAGGGAUGGCAGGCACUCUUCAGAGGUCUUGGGCCCGCCUUGGUAGGCAUUAUACCGGCUAGAGCUAUCAAUUUCUACUUCUACCCCACAUCGAAAGCCUAUCUGGCCAAACAAUUUCCCAACGCCCCUCGAACGUCAUCAGGCCUGUCUGCAGAAGAUAGUCCGGUGGUUCAUCUCGGAGCUGCUGUGAUUGCUGGGAUCAUGACCGCGACUGGUACCAACCCAAUAUGGGUCAUCAAGACCCGCCUUCAACUAGACGCUAGGAAAAAGCACAUCUCGCCCACCUUCUAUUCUGGCUCAUCGGCUUCACCUCUACCGGGACCAAUAGCUGCUUCCGCCGCAGCACUCACACAGUCUACUAAGACCGCUGCAGCGACCUCUCCCGCAGCUGCUGCCGCUCCAAAGCCUCGCGCCGUGAACGCCAUAAGCACCGCCGCUGGGAUCAUCAAGCACGAGGGGUUCCGAGGACUGUACCGCGGUCUCUCGGCGAGCUAUCUGGGUGUUUCGGAGGGAGUGAUCCAAUGGGUCCUGUACGAACGCUUCAAGAAGAUGAGCAAGCCAAAACUGCCAACGGACGAAAAACCCUCCCUUCUGUCGUUUAUUGGCGGCAUCGUCGGCGCUUCAGGUGGCGCCAAGGCCAUCGCAUCACUCAUCACCUACCCGCACGAGGUCAUCCGUACUCGUCUUCGACAGCCCGCAGUCAACGGCGUCAAGCGGUAUCAUGGUUUGUACCAAACCCUCACGCUCGUUGCGCGCGAGGAGGGCGCGGCGGCGUUGUAUGGCGGUUUGACGGCGCACAUGUUGAGGGUGGUGCCUAACGCUGCGUGCAUGUUUCUGAUAUACGAGGUGGUAGCGGAUCGUCUUGGUAGAUGA